UCCGUACGCAUGCGCCGUGUGACGCAAGGGCUCUUUUCCUCCUUUCCGCCAUGGCGGCCCCCAUGGGGAGGUGGCCUGUGCUGCUCCUAUGCCGGGCGUUGCGCUUCCCCCGGCGGGCUGAGGAGAGGCUGCGGGUCGCCGAGGUCCGGUUCGGCUCCACAGAGGUCGCCGCUGUCGCUCCUGUGGUGGGAGAGCAGCAGGCCCCGUUCAGCGAGGUCCCGGCGGCGGACACUGUGAUUGGCAUCAGAAAGAAAACGUACAGUGAGAUCCUAGCAGAAAGACAAGAACAAGCAAAAAGGACUGUGUUAAUUAAUUGCCCAUUCAAAAUCAGUGAGAAAAAACUUCUCAAAUACUUGUCAUCUCAUGGAAAUGUAAAAGAUCACUUCUUUUAUGAGACUCAUGGUCUGUAUGCAGUCAUAGAAUUUUCAAAGGCAGACAGUAUAGCUUCAAUGCAGGAUGGCAUUCGUACCCCACAGCUUGAGAAUGAAGGUUUUGUUCCAUUUAAAUCUAGAAUUUUUACCCUGACAUACAAAAAUCCACCAAAUGAUGAUGCUGAAGUGCUGUCAGUUCCCCGUUGUGCACAAACUGCCAUGCCGGUUGGAGAUCUGGUGACAAAACUUUGUAAAGCUAACAGUGUGAGUGACCAGUUGUUGAUGCUCACGGAGAUGUAUCAGCUGACAGAAGAGAACACCAGACUCCGAUUUUUAGUUUGUUCUUUAGUUCAAGAUAUUACAGAGGCUUAUUUUCCAAACUGCACUGUGAAGCCCUUUGGUUCGUCGGUGAAUACCUUUGGCAAACUUGGGUGUGACUUGGACAUGCUCCUGGACCUGGAUGAAGUCAAGAACAUGAACAGAAAGAAAACAGGUCCCUUUAAGCUUGAGUAUCUCAUCAGGCGAGUGCCCAAUCAGAGAGUAGCAACACAGAGGAUACUUUCAGCAGUUGCUGAAUUCAUAGAUAACUGUGGCCCUGGAUGUAUCGGUGUGCAAAAGAUUCUCCAUGCCCGCUGCCCAUUGGUGAAAUUUUCCCAUCAGCCUUCAGGAUUUCAGUGUGACCUGACAGCAAACAACAGAAUUGCCUUUAAAAGUUCCGAACUCCUAUACCUGUAUGGAAGUCUUGACCCACGCGUAAGAGUGCUUGUGUUCAGUGUACGGUGCUGGGCACGGGUCCAUGGAAUUACAAAUAUCAUUCCUGGCCACUGGGUUACCAAUUUCGCUCUAACUCUUAUGGUCCUGUUUUUCCUGCAAAAAAGAAAGCCUUGCAUCAUUCCAACCUUGGAUCAGCUGAAAGGUCUGGCUGAUGCAGAAGAUAAGCAAAUAAUUGAAGGUUAUGACUGUACAUUUGUUAGUAAUUUGAAUAAAAUUGAGCCCACAAAAAACACUGAAACACUGGAUGUGCUUCUACUUGAAUUCUUCCAAUUCUACGGGAAGUUUGAUUUCAAUAAGUAUUCACUGAAUAUCCGAAAGGGCAAAGAACAGAACAAACCUGAAGCAGCUGCACUCCACAUACAGAAUCCCUUUGAAAGUAACCUGAAUGUCAGCAAGAAUGUCAGUGCAGCACAACUUGAAAGAUUUGUCACGUUGGCCCAGGACAGUGCCUGGCUUCUGCAUCAGGAACUGAAUGAUCCUUCAUCAAACAGGUCUCAGCCCUGGGGGCUGGCAGCUCUUCUUCAUACCCCAGCAGUUAAAAAAAAUGGUCACAAGCAGGUUAAAACAAAUAAGAUCCAAGCCAUAGAAAACAUCAGAGGCUUGCUGGCGUCUUUAAAGUCUAAUGCCCAGAGCGGGAAGAGGUCCUUUGGUACACAGGCAUGUUAGCCCCUACAGGAACCUGAAAACCAAUGGAGGUGAUUGAUGAGCUGGACAUCUUUUGAGUGGCCUGAUUCCUUCUUGGCACAAAUGAUCAUAAGCUCAAGUCUUUGACAAGGGGGCAGAUGGGCGUGUUCAUCUCACAUUUGCCUUUAUUGGAUGGUGGUGCUCUUUUUGGAUGGGAAAUAUACUGAUUUUUAAUGAAAAAAGUUGUAUUUGGUACAAAGUUGGAAAGGCACGAACAGUGGACCUGAGAGAAGAGCAUCUACAAAUAUUAUCAGUGAACUUUAAAAAAAAGCAAGUACCUAAAUAUCCGCCUUGAAACAUUUUAAUCAAGGGACUAGUAUCUGUUUAUGUUAACUGUUUCUCACACCAUUAAAUGACGCAGGGUGGAAUAAACUGAACAAAUCAGAA